AUGCAAAUUCGCUCAAUCCCUGAAGCGACACCCGGAAGUGUCGUUAUCCGCGUUCUGGCUGCGACUGUAAGAGCCAACUCGCCUAGAAUCUAUCGAGACCCGCAAAGCGGAUAUCCGCUGCCUUUCCCCCUCGUCCCAGGACACACCGCUAUCGGAAGGGUGUUUAAGAUCUCUUCGGAUGUCACCAUUCUGAAAGAAGGCCAGCUUGUCUUCUUUGAUCCCUACAUUCAGGCACGCGAUGGGGGUGGGUUUUAUGUCUCAGCCAUGAUGGAAGGAUUAACUCCCGAGAGCUUCAAACUGUCCCGCGGAGAUUGGCGGGAUGGAACGUACGCAGAUUACGCCAAGCUGCCGAUUGAGAACUGUCAUGUUCUUGACGACAGCCGCUUAUUGGCUAGUAAGAGCCACGGUGGAUUGGGCUAUACUAUUCUAGACUUGACACAUCUAUUCAGCAUGCUCGUUCCAUUUGGGGGGCUAUCAGAUAUAGGUAUCAAGCCAGGAGAUACCGUCCUAAUCGCCCCAGCAACUGGUCGCCACGGAUCUGCCGCGGUACAUCUCGCCUUAGCAUUGGGUGCACACGUUGUAGCGAUUGGCCGGAACCACGGCAUUCUCUCAAAGCUUGCCGCAAUGAACCCUCGCAUCUCGUCCGCAACAAUCACCGGGGAUACUGCACGGGACACCGACACUAUACGCAGUGCAUGCGGUGGUCUGGCUGAUGCAUUCUGGGACAUGUCACCGGCCACAGCUGCAUCCUCAACUCACUUUAAGAGCUGCCUCGAGGCACUCAGGAUCGGCGCGCGCGUUAGUCUCAGUGGCGGCGCACCGCUUGAUGUGAACUUUAGCUACGUUGACAUACUCUUUCGCGCGCUUACUGUCAAAGGCACGAUGAUGAGUACUCCAGAACAAACGAGGCGACUCAUCAAACUUGUGGAAAGCGGCAUCCUGCCACUUGGGGAUAGAGCUGGCAUGGGUCCAGUCAGAGCGUUUGCGUUGGAAGCUUGGGAAGAGGCUUGGGAUGCCGCAGAUCAGAGGAGAGAACCCGGGGAAAUCGUGAUUACCCCUCAGGCACCGAAAUAG